AUGCAUCUCCUUGCUAACUUUGCGGAGGAGAGGAUGGAUGUUGUAGGCGUGAAGAAGGACGAGUUGGCAGUGCAAGAGGAGGAUGUGGAGCUGCCCUUCUCCCUUGUGCUGCUCCCCCAGCUGCACACCGUGCCCCUCUGCGGCCCCGUCGCCGCCCCUAGCGGCCCCGUCGCCGCCCCUGGAGGCCCCGUCGCCGCCCUUCGCGGCCACCUCGCUGCCCUUCGCGGCCCCGUCGCCGCCCCUAGCAGCCCCGUCGCCGCUCUUUGCGGCCCCGUCGCCGCCCCUAGCGGCCCCGUCGCCACCCCUGGAGGCCCCGUCGCCGCCCUUCGUGGCCACCUCGCCGCCCUUUGCGGCCCCGUCGCCGCCCCUAGCGGCCCCGUCGCCGCUCUUCGCGGCCCCAUCGCCGCCCCUAGAAGCCCCAUCGCCGCCCUUUCACGGCCCCUCAGGGACCACUUCCUCUCAGUUUGCCCCACCACACUCACCGUUGACCUCCUCGAGGAGCGCCUCCUAGCAGCAAAGAAGAGCAUAGUCGCUGUAGGAGCCUCUCGUGGUGACCCUCGCACCCCCGUCUUUAAGGGUUGUUCCCCUUCCCCCCUCUUGCCCUCUUUUGCUUCUGCUGCUGCGGCCGACCUCGUUGGUUUUGAGUCGGUCGGCGCUGCGUCUGCCCCUAGCGGGAGACGCCGCACCGGCAAGGGCAAGGGGGGCAAGGGCGCUGGAGGGGCUGGCGGGGGCGGUGGAGGUGGUGGUGGAGGCAGUGGAGGGGGUGGAGGUGGUGGUGAGAGUGGUGGCGGGGGUGGAGGUGUCGGUGGCAGUAGUGGAGGCGGAGGAGGCGGCGGCGGUGGAGGAGGGAGCGGAGGUGGCGGAGGCGGCGGCGGCAGCGAUGGAGCUGGUCGCGGCUCUGCGCAGAGGAGUGGGUCCAGUGGUGGUCCGCGCCAGCAGCAGCAGCGAAGUCCUAAGACCCUGUCCCCCCAGCAGCUUCGUGAGUGGUACGCUGGGCGUCAGCGAGGUGGGGGUACUGGUCCCUGCACCUACGUCCUCCGUACCGGCGACCGCGCUGGUCCUGGUGAGGCUGCUGCUCUAGGUCCUAGUGCGUCUGCUGCCCCAGGUGCUGGUGAGUCUGCCCUCUCAGGUACCACGUCGGCUCAAGCCUUACACACCUUCACCCUUGACUCGGGUGCUUCCCGCUCCUUCUUUCGAGACCGCACCACGCUUACGCCGCUUAGUCGGCCGGUUGCAGUCUCCCUGGCAAACCCCUCUAGGGGUCCUGUCCUUGCCCACUUCUCCACUAUCUUACCGUGUCCGGCAGCCCCCUCUGGCACCCUUUCAGGUCUCUACCUCCCCUCGUUCUCUACGAACUUGGUGAGUGGAGCUGAUCUACAGGAUAGGGGGUUUGACUAG